CUAUCUCUAUCUGUCUGUCUCAAUCAGCAGUCUAAAGUGCUUGUCAAAAUCAAAAUGAUGCGAUAGCCAAUCAAAUCAAAGAAGGUGGAGUUGUUUACAGUAUCCGGAGCGCGAGCUACAAACUACAGAGCGAGCACACGUAUGCGCGAUGUUUCAGAUUGUUAGCGGUGGCGAAAGUGCAACACACGAUGUGGAGCUAGAGGAUUGUCGCCUGAGGCUUGGAGAGGAAAGGAACGCCAGACUGAAAACCAACUCUCGUCUGGUGGAGCUGGAACUGGAGAAUGAGCGUUUGCGCAGUCUGAACCUCUCUCUGUCUGAAGCCCAUAUGAGCACCUCUGUUCUGGAUGAUGAACGUGUGCUGGAAAGCAUCGAGUCUUCCUUUCACAAAUUCCACGCCUUCCUAGAUCUUCUUAAAGAUGCUGGGCUGGGGCAAUUUGCAUCUAUGGCUGGGAUUGACCAAUCAGACUUUGGAAUACUUGGGAAUCCUCAGCUUUCCUCAACAGAGCAAACAGAGCCUCACGAUGACCAGGCAAAUGAGGAGAAUGUAGCAGCAAAUGAUGAGUGUCCCUGUAUCAGGUACGUCUGCUAACAAUGUAGACGUUUCCCAGAGCCAACCACUACAGGAAUUGCCUUUAAUUCCAGCCAGCAUGAGCCGCGCCUCUCCCAUACUGCAGGAGCCACUCGCGUUUGAAGCUCCCGAGCAAAGAGCCAGCGCAGUCUCUCGCUCAGGGAGUUCACUCAGCAGUGCCGGCACUCAAUCCAAAGGCUUAAAAUCCUACAGAUCAAAUGGAUCUGAGGGGAAAGUGUUUUCAGCCGUCGGCUCAAGAGCAUCUAGUCUGUCUCAGUUGGGUUCAGGAGUGAUUCAGGAAGCCAAAAGAGUUCUGCUGGACAGCUCGGGUUUUAGCCAGAUAUAAGAUAAAGAAAUCUUUGAUGAUGUGAUUCGACUUCAUGUAUUUAUUGGAAAGUUAAUGGAUUACCUGGCAUCCACAGCUAUCUGUGUGUUUAUUGCUUUGUCCAGCAUUCUUUUAUGGAGCAUCCUUUACCACUGCACGUUUUUGAUGCCAGGUCUUAUGCUACCUUUCAGACAACUCAGAUUUAAGAUAUUUCCCACCUCAACCCAGAAAUAAUGUUACUAAACUCUUAAAAUGUUUAGAGGCUUGUUUUGAGGUGGGAAAUAUCUGCAAUCCGAAUUUGUCUGGAACACAUUGCAGUCUCUAUUGAACUCAUAUCUUAGCUGAUCACUUUGAUUCAGAUUUGUGAAAUGUGGAAGACAUCCUAAACGCGCAGUGCUAAAAUGAAUUUUAGGAUCACUGCUAUAGACCAUGAAGAUGAAUUUGUUCAAUAAGACUACACUUUACUUUUACUUGUUUAAUAACUUUAGGUUUUUAUUUUUGUAAUAAUUGAAUUCAUACACUUUUAUGUAAUAUAAAUCAAAUGUGUUGUUUAUGAAUUGUUGUCAAACUGAUGUUGGAUUUUCUAUGGAUGGUUUACAGUACACACUUUGGUUUAUAGCAUUUUUCACUUAAAAUAAAUAUUUCACAAGUGUCCACAGCUUAGGUGGAUCAAUGCUUUA